CUUGAGACUGAAAACUUCCCAAGGAUUUGGGGAAAGAUUGAACUCUUUCAAAUUUUCAAUUAUUUCUAUCUUACUUGCAUUAGGCUUGCUAAAUUUGGUAAAGGAACGGAGUGAGUUGAGACUAAUGGCCUCUUUACAAAUACAAAUGGUUUACCUCCUCUGUUCCAUUUUCCUGCAUUUCAUUGCCCUCACUACUUCUCAACCUGAACUUCUCUAUCACCAUUGUUUGGACAAGCUGGGCAAUUACACAGCAAAUAGCACUUACCAGGCUAACCUCCGUCGACUACUCAACUCUAUGUACACCGACACCGAAAUUGAUUCUGGAUUCUACAAUUUCUCUUACGGAGAAAACAAUAACAAGGUUUAUGCAAUUGCACUUUGCAGAGCAGAUGUCAGGCCGGAUACCUGCCGUGAGUGCAUCAAUAAUUCAAGCAUCGCAAUAACUUCACUUUGUCCCAAUCAAAAGGAAGCUAUUGUAGGUUUUGAAAAAUGCAUGUUGCGCUACACAGGAAUGCCCAUCUUUGGCCUGUUGGAAGUUGAGCCUUCCUCUUCUUGGUAUAACUUGAAUUUUGUUUCAGACAUUAAUGGGUUCAACAAGUCCCUGUAUUCCCUGUUGGAUAGACAGCGAAAUCAAGCAGCAGCUGGCGAUUCUCGUCUCAAAUAUGCUAGUGGAAAAAUAAGUGCUCCAGACUUUCAAACUAUAUAUGCACUUUCACAGUGCACUCCUGAUUUAUCCCAAUCACAAUGCAGUUAUUGCCUUUAUAAUGCUUCUGGAGUUAUUCCACAGUGUUGCAGAGCAAGGCAAGGCGGAACAGUUGUUCUCCCAAGUUGUAAUCUUAGGUAUGAGAUUAACCAAUUCUAUGAUGGUCCUGUUGGUGAAUUUCCAUCUUCUCAGGAUCCUUCGAAAGGAAAGCAGAGUGUGGUCAUCAUUAUUAUUGUUUCUGCUGUUAUUUCUGUGAUUCUUAUUAUCUGCAUCAGCAUUAUUUUGAGACGAAAGAAACCAAGAGAGGAUGUUAAAAGCGCGGAUGGCAUCAUAGAUGUGGAAUCCUUGAGAUUUGACUUGGAAACAAUUAGGCUUGCGACAAAUAACUUCUCUGAAGCUAAUGAAGUUGGAAAAGGCGGUUUUGGUGCAGUAUACAAGGGUACAUUUCCCAAUGGAGAGGAUAUAGCAGUGAAGAGAUUAUCUAGGGAUUCUAGACAAGGUGAACUUGAAUUUAUGAAUGAAAUCCUGUUAGUAGCUAAACUUAAGCACAAGAAUUUGGUUACGCUCCGAGGUUUCUGCUUUGAACAAGGGGAAAGGCUUCUUGUCUAUGAGUUCCUGCCUAAUUUGAGCCUCAACAGCCUCAUAUUUGAUCCAGUCCAGCGCUUGCAAUUGGAUUGGGAAAAACGUUACGUAAUCAUAAAGGGCAUUGCUCGAGGGCUUCUUUACCUUCACGAAGAUUCUCGUUUUCGAUUAAUUCAUCGUGAUCUCAAAACUAGUAACAUUUUAUUAGAUGAACAAAUGAAUCCAAAAAUUUCAGAUUUUGGCAUGGCAAGGUUAUUUGCAGCAGAUCAAACUCAGGACAAUACAAAAAGAGUGGUCGGAACCUUAGGGUACAUGCCUCCAGAAUACGUAAAGCAUGGAAAGUUUUCAAUUAAAUCAGAUGUCUUUAGCUUUGGUGUAAUAGUUUUGGAAAUUGUGAGUGGUCGGACUAGAAGUUUCCGCAAUGGGGAGGACUUCGAAGACCUUCUAACUUAUGCUUGGAAGAAUUGGAAUCAGGGAACAGCUUUAAAUCUGAUAGAUCCCACUUUGAGUGUUGGCUCAAGAAAUGAGAUGAUUAGGUGCAUCCACAUUGGCUUGUUAUGUGUUCAAGAAAAUUUAGCUGAUAGACCAACCAUGGCUUCUGUUGUAAUUAUGCUUAGUAGCUGCUCUUUGAGUCUUCCAGUGCCUCUGAAACCUGCAUUUUUUGUUCCCAAUAUCGUGUUACCAGAGGCAUCAUCAAGUUUAACAGAGUCGUAUUGCCAGGAACAAUCUUCCAAGAAUGAUGCUUCAAUCUCUGAGAUGUACCCUCGAUAGAAUUUGGGGGAGGAUGCAUUAUUAAGUUAAUUUUCUAAAAUGUGAAUUUUGAAUUGCAUGCUGCUUUAGUAUGUUAUUUUGUAGAUCUUAUUGCUUUACAAAUGGAAAAUUUUAGAAUUCUCGUGA